AUGAGUCACUCAGUGAGCCGCACUUCCUACCGCCGUACUUUUGGCGGACCUACCACCAUAUCCCCCAUGCCUUCCUACACCUCGUACUCAUCCCGUUACAUUAGCCCGGCUCCGGCCGUCGUGUCCAUGCGGACUUUUCGGGCCCGCUCCAGUGCUCCAGUUCCAUCGGUUCCUCGCCUCUCCUAUGACAAAGUGGACUUCUCCCUGGCUGAUAGCAUCAACCAGGAGUUCCUCAGCAUGCGCAGCAAUGAGAAGCAGGAGCUGCAGGAGCUGAAUGACCGCUUUGCAAGCUUCAUCGAGAAAGUGCGCUACCUGGAGCAGCAGAAUACUGCGCUCACCCAUGAGCUCAACCAGUACAAGGGCAAAUACCAGCAGGGCCAGCCAAACCGUGCCAGCCAGCUCUGCCAGCAGGAGAUGAGGGAGCUGCGCAGACAAGUUGAGCUCAUUGGAAAGGAGCGAGAUCAGAUCCAGGUGGACAGAGACAACAUGGCUGAAGAUCUGGCCUUGCUCAAGCAGAGGUUGGAUGAGGAGACUCAGAAAAGACAAGAUGCUGAGAACCAACUGGUCCUGUUCCGAAAGGAUGUGGAUGACGCUACUCUGGCCCGUUUAGAGCUGGAGCGGAAAAUCGAGUCUCUGAUGGAUGAGAUUGAAUUUCUGAAGAAGAUGCAUGAUGAGGAAAUUCAGGACGUGCAAGUGAGCUAUGAAACCCAGCAGAUGAAAAUGGAGGUGGAGGCCACAGUCCGUCCUGACCUGACUGCUGCUCUGAGAGAUAUCAGGGCUCAAUAUGAAAGUAUUGCAACAAAGAACAUGCAGGAAUCUGAGGAGUGGUACAAAUCCAAGUUUACUGACCUGACUGACUCAGCCAAGCGCAAUGCUGAUGCCAUGAGACAGGCCAAGCAGGAGGCCAACGAGUUCAGGAGGCAGAUUCAGAGCCUCAACUGUGAUAUCGAUGCCCUUAAGAGCACGAAUGAGGCUCUGCUAAGGCAGAUGAGGGAAAUGGAGGACCAGUUUGGAGUGGAGGCUGGAAACUACCAGGACAACAUCACCCGUCUAGAAGAAGAGAUCCGCCACCUGAAGGAUGAAAUGUCCCGUCAUCUGAGGGAAUAUCAGGACCUGCUUAAUGUCAAGAUGGCCCUGGACAUUGAGAUUGCCACUUACAGGAAGUUACUGGAAGGAGAGGAAAGCAGAAUUGCUGUCCCUGUUAUGAACAUAACAUCAAUCAGUAUGCGCAAUGGCGAGUAUGACCUGCCUGUUGAUGUUGGACACAGCAAAAAAGUUGUGAUCAAAACCGUUGAGACUCAUGAUGGAGAGGUGGUGAAGGAGUCCAGGAAGGAGAAAGACACCCCACGAGAUUCCAAGGAAUCUAACUGAGAUGUUCGAGAAUUGAGGAUACAAGAACGUGCAGGCUGGAGUGAGACAUAAACAAAAUUUAAAAAUAAUAUCUUUAAUCUGUGUAAGCAUUUAAUCUGAUAUUCACUAUUAUUGGAAAAAAAAUGAUGUUAAGAAAAUACUAGCAUUAAUUUUGACUCAAUACUGUGAUUCUGA